CUUGGUCCUUGGGUUGCAUAGAAGAUAACCACUAGAUCACUGUUUGGACUGCCAGCUGGUUGGCCAAGUUACUUUCAGGCUAGACAGAGGUAGCUUUUUUUGCCAAAUCGCACAUAUUAUUUCACAGAUCUACCUAUCAGUUGUUCUUGCGCUGCAAGCAUUCAAAUUACGCUUGGCGGAUUGCGGUUGUUGGGGCAGGGGGGCGGUAGCUGCGGGCUCGAGCAGCCAUGGCGCCAGAGUCUUCUGAAGAUACGCUUGGAAAUAGCCUUAUCCCAAUUGUCAACAAGCUACAGGACAUCUUCGCCCAGGUGACGGUUGACCUGAAGCUCGACUUGCCACAAGUUGCCGUAGUGGGCAGCCAAAGCAGCGGCAAAAGCAGUGUUUUGGAGGCAUUGGUCGGUCGCGACUUCCUGCCCCGCGGCAAUGACAUCGUCACCCGGCGGCCGCUGCUGCUGCAGCUCGUCAAGACCGCGUCCUGCCCCAGCGGCCGGCCCACCGAGUGGGGCGAGUUCCUGCAUGCGCCCGGCAAGAUGUUUUACGACUUUGACCGCAUCAGGCAGGAGAUCCAGCAGGAGACGGAGCGGCUGGUGGGCGCCAACAAGAACGUCUCCGACAAACCCAUCCGACUCAAGAUCUUCAGCCCGCGAGUGCUCACCAUGACGCUGGUGGACCUGCCCGGCCUGACGCGCAUCCCCGUGGGCGACCAGCCGGGCGACAUCGAGGCGCGCAUCCGCGAGAUGGCGCUGGAGUACAUCCGGCGGCCCAACUGCAUCAUCCUGGCGGUGUCGCCCGCCAACAGCGACCUGGCCACCUCGGACGCGCUGCAGCUGGCGCAGGUGGCGGACCCGGAGGGGGUGCGCACCAUUGGCGUGCUGACCAAGCUGGACAUUAUGGACCGCGGCACGGACGCGGCGCACAUCCUGCGCAACGCGCACAUCCCGCUGCGGCUGGGCUACAUCGGGCUGGUGCUGCGCGCGCAGGCGGACAUCAACGCGGGGCUGUCCAUGCCGGAGUGCCGCAAGCGCGAGGAGGCCUUCUUCGCCUCGCGCCCCGAGUACCGCGACGUGGCCGCUCACUGCGGGGUGGCUACCCUGGCUCGCCGCCUGAACACCAUCCUGGCGGAGCACAUCAGGGGGCUGCUGCCGGGGCUGCGGCGCCGCAUACACGAGGCGCUCGAGGCCCGGCUAGCGGAGUUGCGGACGCUGGGGGACCCGGAGCCGGUAGCAAGCAGGAGCGCCAAGGGCGCCUACCUGCUGCAGCUGCUGUGCGACUACGCGGAGCGAUACGCCGCCAUGCUGGACGGCCGCCACCUGGACCUCAACAUGGCGCAGCAGCUCAGCGGCGGCGCGCGCGUGCGGGAGGUGUUCACGGAGCUCUUUCUGCCCGCCAUUGGGCGGCUGGACCCGGCACGCGACCUGAGCGAUGCGGAGGUGUCGACGGUGAUCAGGAACGGAGCGGGCGUGUCGGGCAGCCUCAUGGUGCCGCAGGAGCCCUUUGAGCUGCUCGCCCGGCGUGCGGUGCUGCAGCUGAUGUCCCCCGCGCUGUCGUGCAAGGAGCGGGUGCACGAGGAGCUGGUGCGCAUAGCGGAGCAGGCGUGUCCGCCGGAGGCGGCCAGGUUCCCCGCUCUGCAGCGCCACCUGGCCCAGGCGGUGGUGGACUUUAUCCGCUCGGGCGCUGUGCCCGCGGAGACCAUGAUUCGCUCGCUGGUGGAGUGCGAGUGCGACUACAUCAACUGCGACCACCCGGACUUUGUGGGGGGGCGCGGGGCCGUGCGGGCAGUCAUGCAGGACCGCGCCGCGCGUCACGCCGCCGCCACCACGCAGCGCGGCAAGGAGGCGGGUGAGGGCUCCGGUGCGCCCGCAAGCACCGCGACCGGCGGAGUGUCAGGUGCCCUGCCGCGCCGGCCGCAUGGACAGCUGGACAACGGCGCCCGCCUGGCGUCACCUGCGGUUGGCCUCAAGGGCCUCCCGGACUCCAACGCCGCCCUAGAAGACGUGCUGCUUCCCCCCAGCGGCCGGCGUCUCCACAGCGAGAGCGAACCCGACCUCUCAGCGGUCGCGCACGGCGGCAGCGGCGGCGCUGGCGGCGCUGCAGGUAACGGCGGCAUGACCUCCAGCUGGUUCAGCUGGCUGCGCAACGACGGAGUGGGCGGCCAAAGCAGCAACGGGCCUUCGGGAGGCCAUGAGGGCAUGUCGGCGACGACGGCAACUGCCACAGGCAGCGUGGCUCUCCUACCACGACAGCAUGGCGCUGGCGUCCCCGGCCGCGCCCGCCUAACGGAGUCGGAGGCUGCCGAGGUGGAUGUGGUGCGGCGGCUGGUGGAUUCGUACUUUGCCAUCUCGCGGAAGAACCUGUCGGACCUGGUGCCCAAGGCCAUCAUGCACUUCAUGGUGCACUACACGAAGAGGGGCCUGCAGCAACACCUCAUCAAGGCGCUGUACAGGGACGACCUACUAGACGGGCUGCUCACCGAGGCGGACGACGUCGUGGCUCGCCGUACGGCAGCCAAGGAGGCCGUCGCCGUACUUCGAGCCGCCGUGGCGGCACUAGAGGAGGUCCCUCAUGAGAUGCACCAGGGCGCCAACGGAGCCACAGGUGGAGGCAGCAGCGGUGGUGGCGGCAGCAGUGGCGGCGGUGGCAGCAGUAACGCCAAUGCAUUCACAGCGGCAGCGGCGGCGUCCGCCGCCGCCGCCGCGCGUUCAACGCAUGCUUCCGGGUUCCUAGCGGCGGCGGGCGACGGCGGCGCCGCAGUGGGCGGCAGCGGCGGCACUUUGUCGCUUCCGCAGGUGCCGCUACCCGGCGGCAUGUCCAGUUUUGGAAACCCAGUGUUUGGCGCCGAUGCGAGCAUUGACCGGUCGCCAUCCAUGGCCGCAGCAGCUAACCUGGCGGCAGCAGCAACCGCGCAGCUGCAGAGUACGACCCUUCGUGCCCCGGAUGGACUCUAGAUGACGUCCUUGUGCUGCGUGGGAUGUGUUUGGUGUGAGGAGAGGGGAACAUUAUAUCCUUACUGGUGUGCGGGGUGUGAUUGUGAGCUGUGCAGUAACGGUGUGUGUACAGCUGCAGCAGCAGGAGGGCGUAAGAAUUGUGGCAUGUAUCGGACGGUAUAUGGUGUGCAGCCGCAUGCAGGGUGAGAGAAGUAGACAAUACAAGGUACUUGGUAACUUUUUGGUAGCAGCAAGUGAAUGUGGGGUAAGGUGGGCUAUGUAAACGAUGAGGAGAGGAGUGUGGUAGUGUGGAGUAUGGGUAUGUGACGGUGUUUAAAGCAGGCCUUUCAUGGGUGCCUUUGCCGAGGAGAAUGCUCCCACUUUCUGCACAUGCUGCGUUGAAGCCAGGAGUGUGGCAUAGCCCUAUGCCACACUCAAUAGCGCUAUUGCGAUGCGUACAUGUUAUUGGGACUUUGCGUGGUCGACGCACAGUAUGGCUUUUGUUUCUGCAGGCAACAGGGGUAGCGACGACAGCUGACCGUUCCGUUGGCAAAACUACCCUCUGCCCUCAUCUCAGAUGUAGCCAACGUAGUUGGUAUUCUCUUUUACUCCGACGUGUAUGGAGUUGUAGUACGGUAGUUGUGGGCAGUGUAAACAGCAUAUUGCGGGG